AGGAAAUACAGCUGCGAUUUGCCUGGAGGCCUUCGCCAAAGGCAGCCCCCUGCAAGCGGUGACAGAGGGCCUACCAACCCACCCAUCCCCAGAGGCAGCCUUCAAGGCUUUGGCCGACGGGGCUUUGAUGGUUGUUGUGGCUGAUGGCUGCGAGGAACAGGUCCCAGAGAUCCUGGCGCAGCUGUCCAGCGCUCCUCCCGCUCCGCCACUUGCAACCCGCUGGGACGAGGCCGCCCUCUGGGCCUCGGGCGGCCGAACCGCCGGGCCGCCGUUCCCGGAGCUCGCGGGGCGCCGGGACGAGUCUGGAAACACGUUGCUGCACAUCGCAGCCUCUGCUGGGUGUUGCAGGGCAGUGCAGCAGCUGUUGCAGAGUCGAAUUCCGGUGACUGCGCUGAACCGCCAGGAGAUGUCGCCCGCGGAUGUGGCCUUCCAACGUGGGCACCAGGAUGCCUUUGAGCAGUUGGUGCUGCACCGCGUGGGCGAGUUGGGCAACUUGCAGGCGCCUGCCAAAAAGAGACGAGGAGCAUCCAAAGGCUGCAGGGAGUACUUGCUUCAGCCUCUGCGCUAUGAGGAGGGCCGGCUGCUGGACGAUCGCCGCAAGGCGGUGAUGAUGGCCUGGGAGGCUCAGCUCAUGGCGCGGCACGCCGAGGUGCUCCUGCCGCAGAAGGGCCUCAAGGUCUUGAAUGUGGGGUUCGGCAUGGGCCUUGUGGAUGGCUUCCUGCAAGAGAAGGAGCCCUCGCUGCACGUCAUCGUGGAGGCGCAUAAGGACGUCCUGGCGGAGAUGAGGCGCCGUGGCUGGCACGCGCGGCCCGGGGUGAAGGUCUACGAAGGCGUCUGGCAGGACAUCCUCAGCCAGCUGCCAGGAGGCUUCGACGCGGUCUUCUUCGACACCUGGGCGGAGGGCUACGAGGAGCUGAGCUGCUUUCAGGCAGCGCUGCCUCGGCUGCUGGGCGUCGAGGGCCGCUUCUCCUUCUUCAACGGCCUGGCCCCUUGGAGCGUGGCCGAGCACGCGGCCUGGUGCCGCCUGGCCCAGGAGGACCUCCAGGAGCUGGGCUUUUGCUGCGGCUUCCUGCCCCUGGAGAUCAGGCAAGGAGACUGGCAGGGCGUUUGUGAGAGAUACUGGCAGUUCGACACCUACUACCUGCCCUUGGCUAGGCGCGACCCGACUUGGGAAGCUUCCUGGCGCGGCUGGCCCACCUUCCCGGUCCAUGUGUCGGAUCAGAUGGGCGUGAAGCUGCCUUUGAGGGAAUUCGGGCUGCUUUGCUACGACGACCCCAAGUGCAUCGGCGCCUUCGCGUUUGUUUGGGGCUGGAAAUGGGAGAAGACGGGCACCUGGUACGGGCUCUUCAACGAGUGGACGGCCGUCACGGAGAACAUCACCCUGAACUGCACCAUCUGCGAGUCCGAGGUGCUGGGUGCCCUACAGAAGUGCUGGACCGGCCAGGACAAAGAAACCAAGGCCCCGAGCUUGCACUCCAUCUCCAUGGCCGGCGAGCCCUUGGAGGGCCAGCACUUCUCCGUGGAUCAGACCGCGGUCACGCUGGCGGUGAACGCCAGCACGACUCAGGGGACCGCUCUGAGCGCAGUUUGGGUGGUCACGGAGGAGGUGGUCUCCAUGGCUGUAGGCGGCGCCUACGAGGCCACCAACCCUCUGCUGCCCGAUCUGUUCGAAAAUGGCCCGGACAACACCAGUGGCAUGGGCCUCUCCGUGCAGCUGAACACCACGUCGCUGAAGAUGGGUGGCGAAUAUCGCCUCUACGUCUUUGUGCGUGAGGAUCCGGCUGCCUGCGGCGCGCGAUGCAACAACCACGAAGCCUACGCCUCUGUAGCCUUCAAGAUUUGCCACGACGCGGUGCCAGGAGAGCAAUGCUACAGCCAGGUGAAGUACGCCAUGGACCAUGACCUGGCGGCAAACCCUGGCAGGUAUCCAGGCGCUGACACCACCUCCAGCUUCUCCGAGGUGCAGAUGGUUUUGGCCCAGCUGCAGCUGAGCGGGUGCCAGUUCCCCUGCGAUGUGUCGCGAUGGUGUCACACCACUCAGCCCGGGGAGGCCUGCUACGAGUAUAUGGAGUGGCUGCUCGAGGGCAACAACACCCAAGAUGCGCCGCAGGCGCUGCGCUGGGCCAAGAGCCUCAGCCGGCUGAACACCCAGCGGGCCAUCCACGAGAACUUGCCCGGGAUCUGCCCGCGGCCCUGCUUGGUGGACGUGCAGCAGUGCUUCCCCAACUGCGUGGACGAGGGCGAGGGAGGCGGCGGCACUUCCGAGCUCUCCAAGGCGGCUUCUGCAACGGCGCUGGGGCUGCUGGCCGGCCUCACGUGGCUGGUCUGA